GGAAGCUGUCCGGACUGGGAAGUUUGGAUGUGGGGGCUGGGUGGCCGGAAGGGUAGAACUGCUAGAACAAGUUUUCCACUUGUCUACAAGAGUUGAGCCCAGCAAAACAAAAUGCAAGGGGAGCCAAACGCGAGUGCUUCCCUUAUUGACAGGACCAUCAAGAUGAGAAAAGAAACCGAAGCUAGGAAAGUGGUUUUAGCCUGGGGGCUCCUAAAUGUAUCUAUGGCUGGAAUGAUAUACACUGAAAUGACUGGAAAAUUGAUUAGUUCAUAUUAUAAUGUGACAUACUGGCCCCUCUGGUAUAUUGAGCUUGCCCUUGCAUCUCUCUUCAGCCUUAAUGCCUUAUUCGAUUUUUGGAGAUAUUUCAAAUAUACUGUGGCACCAACAAGUCUGGUUGUUAGCCCUGGACAGCAAACACUUUUAGGGUUGAAAACAGCUGUUAUACAGACUACUCCGCCACAUGACCUGACAGCCACACAAAUCCCUCCCUCUCCACCUUCCCCUUCAAUUCAGGGUCAGAGUGUGUUGAGUUAUAGCCCAUCUCGUUCACCCAGUACCAGUCCCAAAUUCACUACCAGCUGUAUGACUGGAUACAGCCCUCAGCUACAAGGUCUGUCCUCAGGUAGCAGUGGUUCUUACAGCCCUGGAGUCACCUACUCACCUGUCAGUGGUUAUAAUAAGUUGGCAAGCUUUAGUCCCUCUCCUCCAUACCCUACCACUGUUGGACCAGUAGAGAGCAGUGGAUUGAGAUCUCGCUACCGUUCUUCUCCCACUGUCUAUAACUCACCUACUGACAAAGAAGGCUACAUGACAGACCUACGGACUUUGGACACUUUUCUUAGGUGUGAAGAAGAGAAACAGCAUAGGGUUAAGUUGGGGAGCCCAGAUUCUACCUCUCCUUCCAGCAGUCCUACUUUUUGGAACUACAGUCGUUCUGUGGGGGAUUAUGCACAAACUCUAAAGAAGUUUCAGUAUCAGCUUGCCUGUAGGUCUCAGGCCCCAUGUGCUAACAAAGAUGAAGCCGAUCUCAGUUCUAAACAAGCUGCAGAAGAGGUUUGGGCAAGAGUGACUAUGAAUAGACAACUUCUUGAUCAUAUGGAUUCAUGGACAGCUAAGUUUAGAAAUUGGAUCAAUGAGACAAUAUUAGUGCCACUUGUUCAAGAGAUUGAGUCUGUCAGCACACAGAUGAGACGAAUGGGCUGUCCAGAGCUACAAAUAGGAGAGGCUAGUAUUACUAGCUUGAAACAAGCUGCCCUGGUCAAAGCCCCUCUCAUUCCGACUCUGAAUACAAUCGUGCAGUAUCUAGACCUCACACCAAAUCAGGAAUACUUAUUUGAAAGGAUCAAAGAACUUUCUCAGGGAGGUUGUAUGAGCUCAUUUCGAUGGAACAGAGGUGGAGACUUCAGAGGACGAAAGUGGGACACAGACCUGCCCACUGAUUCUGCUAUCAUCAUGCAUGUAUUUUGCACAUACCUUGAUUCCAGAUUACCUCCACAUCCUAAGUACCCUGACGGAAAAACAUUUACUUCUCAGCACUUUGUUCAGACACCAAAUAAACCAGAUGUUACGAAUGAGAAUGUUUUUUGCAUUUAUCAGAGUGCUAUCAACCCUCCCCAUUAUGAGUUGAUAUACCAACGUCAUGUCUACAAUCUUCCAAAGGGCAGAAAUAAUAUGUUUCAUACAUUGUUAAUGUUUCUCUAUAUCAUAAAGACCAAAGAGUCAGGAAUGCUUGGGAGAGUUAAUCUUGGUCUAUCCGGUGUGAAUAUUUUGUGGAUUUUUGGCGAGUAGGGGAUCAUUUAAUUCCAAACAUUUGGACUUCUAUUUCACUGAACCAGAAGUUGUUGAAUCUAACCAUCUCUGAGUCACUGCCUCUUCUUAUUUCUAUGAAAUAAGAUACGCAUGUGUAUAUGCUACAAACCCUUUAGAUUUAACAAAAAAUUAACUAUUAUGAAACGUCCUUGUGAAAAUGUCCUGUAUCUUCUACACCAAGAGAUAUUAUCUUCAGUUUUACAUCACAUUUUAGAAAUUUCAGUUGACUUCAGGUUUUUAUUGGCCCAAAUCAGUGCCAUUCCUCCUUAAUUAAAUGUGAGUCCUUUUUCAUUGUAACCCUCAAAGAAGAGUCACCCACCUGACUCUUCCACCA